AUGGUUGGGCAGCGGAUCAAAGUUAAGAACUCUGUUAAGCAGCCUAGGUUUGGGUGGUCAGGACACGACCAUGCAAGUAUAGGGACCAUAUCAGCUACUGAUGCAGAUGGAAGGCUGAGAAUAUAUACACCGGCUGGCUCGAAAGCUUGGGUGCUCGACCCUUCUGAGGUGGAGAUAUUUGAGGAACAUAAAUUUCAUGUUGGAGACUGGGUAACGGUUCUGGAAAAUGUUUCUACUCCUACUCACCAGUGGGGAAAUGUAUGUCACUCAAGCAUUCGAGUGGUGCACCAUAUAGAAGAUGAAGUAUCUUUGGGUGGCUUUCUGCUUUAUGGACAAGUUAUGGCUUUGUAA